AUGGGAACUCGAAACUGUGAUAUACGUGUUUUAUUGACAUUCACCCAUCUCUCACCGCAACAGCUGCACCACAAUCCAAGAAGGGGACACGCUCUAUCCCAUUCCACAUUCCACAGCGAUCACCGCGCACAUCGCAUCGCAACAGUCCGCCGCCAUUAUCCGCCAGCCGCCAUGACCGCCGCCUCCAUCUCCGCCUGCAGCGAAUGCCUUCUCCCACGCCGCCCCCUCGGCCAUCACGCGCCUCCGCGCCGCAGCGCCCACGCCAAGCCGUUCCCCAGACCCGCGUUCAUCCCGUCCCCGCCCGCCAGCCUCCUCUCGAAUCCCCGUGCCGUCUGCCGACCGCCGCGCGCUGACCGUGCUGCCGCACCGCGCGCGCAAUCAUCGUCGCACGACGAUCUCGAGGGACGACAGCAGCGCGACACGUGUCUAUCCCGCCGUGACGCCCUCCUCUCCCUCGCGCUGCUCCCCCCCUCCCUCUCCGCCGCGGCGCUCCUCUCCCCGUCACCGUCGCUCGCCGCGUCGCCGGCGGCCCCCGACACGACCGUGACGCACCGCGCGUUCCUCGACUUCGCCGUGUGCCCCACGGCCGUGCGCCUCGACCGCACGCUGGGCGACGACGCGCUCAUCUGCGCCGACGGCGAGCCUCUCGGGCGCGUCGUGCUGGGGCUGUACGGGCGCGCGGCGCCCGACACGGUGGCGCAGUUCGUGCGCAUGGUGGCGGGCGACGCGGGGUCAACGUACAAGGGGAGCGUGAUCCACCGCUCGCUGCCCGGGCAGUACGUGCAGGCGGGCCACCAGGGGCAGGUGGCGCGCGGGGACGUGGCUCCGCCGACGCUGCUUCCGCCGAACCGCGACACGGUGGCGGCGGCGUCGUUCGCGCUGAGCCACCUGCGGCCCGGCACGCUGUCGCUGUGCGUGGGGGAGAACAACGACGACGAGCGCGCGCGCGCCCGCAGCAACUACCGCAACGUGGAGUUCCUCAUCACCACGGGUGGGACUGAGGGGGAAGGGGGGAGGGGGCGGGACAAAGGGGAAACAGGGAGAGGGGAAUGGGGUGGCCAGCAGGUCGUUGUGUGUAGCCUUGGCUUGGUGGUGCACGUGACCGCAUGCUCGCCAAUCAUCCGUCCCUUGCUCACCGCUCUCUUCGUCCCUUUCAUCCGCCGCCCUUUCCCCCCCUCAACUGCUGCCUCCUUCCGUCAUAGGCCACCCCUUUCCCCUGCACGCCCUAUCCUCUCCACUCUGCUCCGCGGCCUACCUGUUACAUGUUACAGCCCCACUGCCUCCUCAGAUUUUCUCUUUCUUCCCCCGUCCCCCUUUCCUCCCCUCCCCCCACCAGGCCCUGGCCCGGCCACGCAGCUGGACGGCGACAACAUCGUCUUCGGCACCGUGCUGGAAGGCAUGGAGGUGGUGGCGGCGGUGGCAGCAGUGCCCACCUUCCAGCCCAGCGACCGCAUCCGCCAGUUCAACGACUUCGCUGCUCUGCUGGGUGACGACCGCGCCGCCAAGGGCCGCGGCACGUGGAACCGCCCUCUUAAAGCCAUCGUCAUCCAGGACUGCGGGCUGCUGGAGUGA